CCAACACCAUGGUAAACCUCCGUUCUCAAAAGCGCCUCGCCGCAUCUGUCGCGGGCUGCGGCAAGCGCAAAAUCUGGCUCGACCCCGCCGAUCAGGCUGAGAUUGGGAACGCCAACUCCCGCGCCCACGUAAAGAAGCUCAUUAAAGACGGUGUCAUCAUAGUCAAGCCCACCACUGUCCACUCGCGCGCACGCACUCGUGAUCUCCUCGCGGCGAAGCGCAAGGGCCGUCACACCGGCCCCGGUAAAAGGAAGGGUACGGCUGAGGCGCGUAUGCCUAGCAAGGUUCUCUGGAUGCGGAGACAGCGGGUGUUGCGUCGGUUGCUGAGAAAGUACAGGGAAGCGGGAAAGAUCGACAAGCAUCUGUACCAUUCGCUCUACCAGAAGUCGAAGGGUAACGUUUUCAAGAACAAGCGUGUGCUCAUGGAGUACAUUCACAAGGCGAAGGCGGAGAAGACCCGCACAAAGGUCCUCUCGGACCAGAUGGAAGCUCGCCGUGUCAAGAACAAGGCGGCUCGCGAGCGCCGCGCACAGCGAGUGCACGAGAAGAGGCAAGCGAUCCUUGCUGUGGAGCACGAGGCGCCUGUCCAGGAGUAAACUUGAUCGCUUUUCACACCAUUUGCACCCUUACGUCCCUUCACACCAUCUGUAUCCUACGCUAUGCACGCUGUCUCUCAGUACGCCAUGCCCAUGUUCGCAUGUUAUAUUGCAGCUCAUGAUCCGACCUAUUGGGUACCUGCAUUAUGUGAGGCGUCACGAAGUGGGCAGGAAGUGCGAAGCUCCGAUUGUAGUGGCAUGCAUACCGGAUUUCGUCGCCGUCUUGUGGGCUGUCUUUGUGAAUAUCUGUGUGAUGCUAGUUCAGUUGGGUAAAUUUAGUACGGAACACGGCUGCGAACGUUAUCGGUCCGUUGCCUUUGCCGCUUAACUACCAGAGUCAAUCAGUCGGAUGGUCCACGGACCUUGUCUA